AUGUCCGAAAAUAAAGGUAAAGGUAAAAUAACAAAACCGCUUGAAAAUAUAUUUGCCGAGAAGAAAAAAAAAAAAGAGUCUGAUGUAGAAGAAAUUGAACCAGUUUUGGAUUCCAGCGAAACUUCCACAUUUUAUAAUUUAGAUG